GCUCUGAGUCUUUUUUCUUUACCUGGAGCACAGGCUGGUGUGCCCAGUGUGUUUGGUGACGAUGGAGGAGGGUGGCUUGGGUCCUGCACUCAUUCCGUCUUGUCCCACACGGGAGUUUGGGGAACCACUUUCCCGCCCCUCCACUCUGGAGCUGGGUUCCUGUGAGGGAGGAGGCCUCUCUGGUGGCGAGUAAUAAGAAUAAAAGAUUCUGGAAGAGUUGGAGAAGAUAGUGCAUUCAGUCCCCAAACCAGCAGAUCGGCAAAGUAGGAAAUGCACAAUUUUGAGGAAGAGUUAACUUGUCCUGUAUGUUACAGUAUUUUUGAAGAUCCUCGUGUACUGCCAUGCUCCCAUACAUUUUGUAGAAAUUGUUUGGAAAAUGUUCUUCAGGCAUCUGGUAACUUUUAUAUAUGGAGACCUUUACGAAUUCCACUCAAGUGCCCUAACUGCAGAAGUAUUAUUGAAAUUGCUCCAACUGGCAUUGAAUCUUUACCUGUUAAUUUUGCUUUAAGGGCCAUUAUUGAAAAGUACCAGCAAGAAGACCAUCCAGAUAUUGUCACCUGCCCCGAACAUUACAGGCAACCAUUAAAUGUUUACUGUCUACUAGACAAAAAAUUAGUUUGUGGUCAUUGCCUUACCAUAGGUGAACAUCAUGGUCAUCCUAUAGAUGACCUUCAAAGUGCCUAUUUGAAAGAAAAGGACACUCCUCAAAAACUGCUUGAACAGUUGACUGAUACACACUGGACAGAUCUUACUCAACUUAUUGAAAAGCUGGAAGAACAAAAAUCUCAUUCUCAGAAAAUGGUCCAAGGUGAAAAGGAAUUUGUUCUCCAGUAUUUUAAGGAGCUUAAUGAUACAUUAGAACAGAAAAAAAAAAUUUUCUUAACAGCUCUCUAUGAUGUUAGCAAUCUGAUUAAUCAAGAAUAUACUCCACAAAUUGAAAGAAUGAAAGAAAUAAGAGAGCAGCAGCUUGAAUUAAUGACACUGACAACAUCUUUACAAGAAGAGUCUCCACUUAAUUUUCUUGAAAAAGUUGAUGAUGUACGCCAGCGUGUACAGAUCUUGAAACAAAGACCACUUCCUGAGGUUCUACCUGUUGAAAUUUAUCCUCGAGUAAGCAAAGUAUUGAAAGAAGAAUGGAACAGAACAGAAAUUGGACAAAUUAAUAAAGUUCUCAUUCCCAAAAUGAAAAUUUCUCCAAAAAGGAUGCCAUGUUCCUGGCCUGAUAAGGAUGAAAAGGGAAUUGAAUUUUUAAAAAUUUUAAACGUUGUUAUAGUUACAUUAAUUUCAUUGAUACUGAUGUUGAUACUCUUUUUCAACCAACACAUCAUAACCUUUUUAAAUGAAAUUACUUUAGUAUGGUUUUCUGAAGCCUCGACAUCCAUUUACCAAAGUUUCUCUAACAGUCUGCAUGAUGUAAAGAAUAUACUGUAUCACAUUUUCUAUUUAUUGAAGGAAUUCAUGAGGAAAAUAGUUUCUUAUUGAAAACGUCAAUCUGAGUUGUUUAAAUGGGCUUCUUCUGUGCAGUAGAGAUUAACCAUUGCUAAAUGAAAAAAUAGCAAACUGAGCUUUAUUAGCGCUGCAACUAAUAGAAAUAUUGUUUAUAUUUGUUGCUUCUUUUGGUUAGCAAUGAUAUGUCAAAGUUAGAAAUGAGAUACCUGAAAUAUUCAAAUUAUUGGGAAAUAAAAUCUAGUAACUACUUUGAAAAUUAA